AUGAGCCUUCAAGAACUCGUCACUUCUCUUACUCAAAGCCAAACCCAAUUUCAACAAGAUACCAAGAACAUUUUCUCCAAUAUUCAAGCACAAAUUGGAGACUUGGCCACCGCUCUCAACAAGAUGGAACAAAGGGGUAAACUUCCUUCUCAAACCGAGAAUAACCCCAAUGUGAGUUCAAUAACCUUAAGAAUUGGGAAAACACUUGGAGAAAACAACCCUAAAAGAGUUUCAAGAGAAGGAGAAGACAAAGUCAUUAUUGUUGAACCUUCGAAAGUUGCACGUACUCCGAAGGACCCGAUUUUGCAAAACCUUGACCAAUCUGACUCUUACAACAAACCCAUCAAGCCAUUGGUCAUACCACCAACUUUUCCCUCCCAGUUGACUCCCUCAAAGAAACAAGAGGAAGAGAAAGAGUUUCUUGAGACUUUCCGCAAGGUCCAAAUUAACAUUCCACUCUUGGAUGCCAUAAAACAAAUUCCGCGCUAUGCCAGCCCGUCGGACCCCCCCUUCCCCCUUGUUCCUCCUGUCCACAAGGAAGACAGCGAUCCAAAUCCAUCUACCGCCGAUCUCCGCUACACCCGCUACCACCGACGAAUUCCGAACAAAGUCCAGUCGUCCGUCGUCGCCACCGGUCGGCGCUACCGCACAACUCACGUCGCCGGUCGCCCUGCCUCUUCUCCAGCCGCCAGCAGUCUCCGAUUUUCGUCAACUACCUUCGUCACCGGAAAAACGCACAUCACAGCCUCCGCCUCACCACUCGCUGCUAUCACUGGCGCUCCCUCUCCAACGUACUCCCCACUUAAUUCCGACCCCCCCCCCCCCCAUCUCUCUUACCACCGAGAACAACCAACGGAUGCCACCAUUAUCUCAUCGUCGAAAAUUCGUUCAAACCUGAUUCCGACGCCAAUUCCCAUCCAAUUCCAAAAUUUCUUGGGGCAUUAUUCACCAAACACUCUACCACACGCCGAUCUACUGUUAAUUCGGGAAAAUCUCAUCGCCGAAAAACCUAGCUCCACCGCUGGCCACCGUAUGCCGCCGCCGCCGGCCGCCGCCACUCAUUUUGACGAAAAUUUUCAAAUUUCUUAUUUCUCCCUGGAGAUUCACAAGAUUCAACCUUGCGGGUUCAAUUCAAGCUUGGGGUGCGGUUUUUGUGGAUUUAUUUUUGGGUUUCGACUAUCGAAUUUGGUUAUAUUAACUGGUGCAAUGGGAAUGAACAAAACUAUUCACGCGUCUCAUGGAUGUUCCCGUGAAGCUCAAUCCUCACGUUCAACAAAAAAGAUGUCCACCGAGCAUGUUGAUCGUGAUGAAGAUGAUGAUGAAAUGCAGGUCGACAAUGCCAAUGUUGGUAGUCCAUUUGAGACCGAAGACCAUUAUGACCUCCCAAUCCGACAAUUGCCACCACCCUUUUAUGGUCAGCCUUCGGGAGCACAUUUUGAGCCACAACACGAGUACCAGUCUUAUCAACAACACAACGAGCUCGAUCCCGAGCCUGAAUUCCCUCUUGAUAUCUACAGUCAUCUUGCUUCAUUGCGCCUCCAGGGCAACCGGAAUACAGCAUCCAUACGGCGCCUCGAGGAGCAGCAAGCACGCACCAACAACUACAUGGAGGAUCUUUGGUAUCAUUUUCAGCCCGAAGGUGGCUACCCUCCUUGUGGGCCUCCUCCACCUUGA